ACGCCUCAUGUUUCGUCCAGUCUGCCACCGUCCAUUAGAGAGUCUUCGGGUUCGUUGGAUAUCCACCUCCCUUGUGGUCAGGAAUGCCACUGACUUUGGCACGAGAACACAAACCAAUAAGAGCGCCUCUGGCGCCAUGAAGGAGACUUCCAAGUUUCUCGACAGCGUGGCUGCAGAAUCACCAGCACCGAUUCGAAUUGAAGGUGGUCCGAGUCAAGAUGCCCCUUCAGUCAGACCUUUUGCUUCCACCUCUAUCAUCCGGCCUUACGAGUUCACGCUCAAGUCGCGUCAGAAUCAUUUCUCUCCCUUCAAGAGGCCCCCCCGGGUGGGUCCCCCUCGUGACGAGGCUCGUCAACGCGACUAUUUCCAUCAACUAAACCUUAAUCCCGUCGAUUAUGCUUGUCAUCCGGGCGUUCUCAAUCAUUUCAUGUCCCCAAUGGGCAAGAUUUACUCGCGCAGUGUCACCUCUCUCACCCGGAAGAGCCAAAGGCGGUUAGGGAAGGCUGUCAGACGAUCCAAAAAGAUGGGCAUCAUGCCGACGUUUAGUUUGAAACGGGGACAAGGGGCCAUCCCUUCCACUUACGCGGGUGCUAUAUAGAUUGUAUAACUUUCCGGCCAACCUCUUCAAUCAUCUGACUGCUCUUCUCCAUGCCUUUCGUGAUCAGUUAUAGGACAUGUGCCACCGCGCUGGCGUUAGCGGGUCUAAUUGGCAUCCGCGUGAGAACAGCAGUAUACCGUCAUGACAGAAAGUAGAUCCAGGCAUGGCAGAGAGUCCGGGGUAUCAGCUUUCCAAGGCCCUGCGCCAUCGUGAUGGGCCCGGCUUCGCUCACUUGCUUGCCCGGAACAUCCUACGGUUUCACUGCAUCAUACCCCCCUUCGUAGUUGGAACUUAAGGCCUUCAAGCUACACUGCUGAAACCGCUGAUAGUUUUAAAAUACUGUUAUCAAAGGUUGGAUUUAUACGCUUACGG